AUGAUCUUGCAUAAACUGGAGUACUUGCGGAAGAAAACUAUCUUGCUAGCGAGUCAAUCGCCACGAAGGAGAGAGAUCUUGCGUCUACUAGGUUUAGAGCCUGUCGUCGUGCCGUCCGGAUUCGAUGAGGAGUCUCUUGACAAAGGAGUCUUUGUAACGCCAGCGGCAUACGCAGAAGAGAACUCCCGACGAAAAGCAUUCGCGGUCUUGGAAAAGCUGAAAGACCGGAACGCGUUGAAAGUGGAAACGGAGCCGCUGAAACCGGACUUUAUCGUGAGCAGCGAUACGAUCGUCGUCCUGGACGGGCAUAUACUGGAGAAGCCAACGGACGAAGGCGACGCCUUUCGAAUGCUCCAGCUUCUAUCGGGACGCAAGCACUUGGUCAUCUCCGCGGUUACAGUGCUGAAUGUCAUUAACCUAGAGAGCCGUACCUUCCACAUGGAAACUGAGGUUGAGUUUGCGGAACUGACGCCCGAAGAGACCUGGGCAUAUAUUCGGACUGGGGAACCCAUGGACAAGUCCGGCGCCUACGGCAUCCAAGGAUACGGUGGUGCUCUGGUUCGUCGGAUCGAAGGCGACUUCUUCUGCGUCAUGGGGCUGCCCAUGCAUGAAUUCUGUAAAGUGCUGUCAGAAAUGCUGGAUUAA